ACGUGAAAUCACUUCUUCCUUUUCUCACCACCACCUUCACCGCUUCACCUUCAUUCUCUAACCUUCUCCCCUUCCCUCUUACUCAUCCUAGCUACAUGGCAUAGUUUGAUCAUUGUGGCUUCCUCUUGAGUUUGAUCUUUCGGAUAGAUUUGGUUUGUUUGAAUUUGAUGGGGGAAGAGUGUGAACUAGACUCCAUGAGAAAAUUGCAUAUAUAGCUGCUUUCAGUGUUAUGGAAAUUGGUGCUGUUUAAGACAAGAUAGUUCCAAUGGUUACUCUUAAGUGAGAAAGAAGGAAAAAAAAUAAUAAUAAUUAGCACUCUGCUUGUUCAUCAAAAAUAAGAUCCCAUAUUUAUUAAUAUUCUUUUUAUAACAAUAAAGUGGAGUUGAGUAUCCAAAGAUCCAAUCUUCUAUUUACUUAAGUUUUCUUUCUACUCAUCAUGAAGAGAACUGGAAGCUCAUCAGAUUCUUUAGGAGCUCUCAUGACAAUUUGUCCAUCAUCAACAGAGGAGCAGAGUCCGAGGAGCAACCACGUGUACGGGCAUGAUCCAUUGUUCCAGUCGAUGGUGCUUGAUGGUCUAGACGAAGAAGGGUGCACGGUAGAGGAAUCUGGGCACCACUCACAGAAGAAGCGAAGACUUAGCGUGGAACAAGUGAAAGCGUUGGAGAAGAACUUCGAGGUUGAGAACAAGCUUGAACCAGAGAGGAAGGUGAAGUUAGCACAAGAACUUGGUUUGCAGCCUAGACAGGUGGCGGUUUGGUUCCAGAACCGCCGCGCCAGGUGGAAGACUAAACAGCUUGAGAGAGAUUAUGGCGUUCUUAAAAAUAAUUAUGAUGCUCUUAAGGUUAAUCAUGAUGCACUAAAACAGGACAACGAUGCGUUGCACAAGCAGAUUAAGGAAUUGAAGACAAGGCUCCAAGAAGAGAACACAGCAAGCGAUGUUUCCGUGAAGGAAGAACAGAUAACGAUGCCAGAAUCAGAAGAGAAAUUAUUGGUGAUGAAUGAAGAACACAACACUACUACUCCUGAUGAAACCUCAAUUCUUGGAUCAGGAUCCAACGUUAACGAUCAUCACUUGUACCAUGACAAUUGCUUCAACGACAACAGCGACCACGCUGUUGUUGCUCUUGGUGCAACAACAACAUCGCCGUCGCCAUCACCGUCGUCGCCGCCACUCUUCCCUUCAGACUUCAACAAAGACGGUUCUUCCGAUAGCGAUUCAAGUGCGAUCCUAAACGAAGACACCAAAGACGCAAUUUCUUCGUCUGGGGUGCUUCAAAGUAACCACCACUUCCUGAUGUUUUCAGAGUCUCCUGCAUUGAAAUUCAACUGUUCCAUGUUGGCCUCUUCGUCUUCCAUGAAUUGCUUCCAGUUCCAGAAACCGCACCAGACUACGCAAUACGUGAAGAUGGAAGAGCACAAUUUCAUUGGUGCCGCUGAUGAGGCAUGCAAUUUGAUCUUCUCCGAUGAACAAGCACCCACCCUUCAUUGGUACUCUUCAGAUCAGUGGGGUUAAAAAAAUAAAAUGAUGAAGGAAUGUAGCUCCGGAAGUUUUAUUUAUUUGGCCCCAAGAUGAGAGGCAGAAAAGAGUGAUAUCACUCUGAAAAUUUCAUUGGAGAGAACUCAAGGUCAUAACCACCCGCACAGCCUGCAAUGGCAUGGAGCAAGAAAAGAAAAUAAUUCUAUGAUUGAUAUAUUUGAUGCUAUGAAGAUUCAUCAUUUUAUUGUCAUAGGAUGAAGUGUAAUUCUAGUCACCAAGUGAUGAUUUUGCAAACAAAUACAAAUAGAUUAAUCAUGCAUCUUUCACAUUCAGUUGCAAA